CUAUAAUAAAAGGGCUGCAUCUUAGGGGUGGAGCCACAUGUGAGCGAUGUGGUCAGCAUUUACCGUAGGGGUGAGAAUCUCACAGGCUCGUGCUGAAAGGAGGAAUGGCAGCCUGAAGAAUCUCUUCUUUUCUACCUCCAAGCUCCUAUCUCCUAGACUAAAAUGAUGAGGACAAAACCGGACGCACCAAGUGACCGUUGGCAUUUAGUAGGAAUCAGUUUCUUUAUCCUUGGUCUGGGAACACUACUGCCAUGGAAUUUUUUCAUGACUGCAUCAAUGUACUUUAAUAACAGGCUGAACACGGCAGAAUGGAGCAACGGUACCGUUACGGCCCCGAAGGAGUACUAUUUCAACAACUGGAUGACUCUGCUAUCCCAGCUGCCCCUGCUGGUCUUCACCUUGCUGAACUCCAUCCUCUACCCACGGAUCUCUGAGAGGAUGCGGAUAGCAGGCAGCCUGGUCUUCAUGCUCAUCCUCUUCAUGCUCACAGCCAUGCUGGUGAAGGUUCCAAUGAAGCAAGACCACUUCUUCUCCAUCACCAUGGUGACUAUCUGGUUCAUAAAUUCAUUCGGAGCAGUGCUGCAGGGAAGCCUGUUCGGCUUGGUAGGCUUGCUGCCUCAGAAAUACAGCGCUGUCUUCAUGAGUGGACAAGGUCUCGCAGGGACGUUCGCCGCUUUCGCCAUGCUGUUCGCCAUGGCAAGUGAGACAGAUGAAGAAACUGCAGCUCUUGGAUAUUUCAUCACUCCAUGUGUGGGGACUCUGGUAACGCUGUUCAGCUACCUGCUGCUGCCCAAACUGGAGUUCGCCAGAUUUUACCUCAACAAGAGUAAAGACCAAAGCAAUGAGAUCCAUGGUUCUGCUGAGCUUCUGCCUAAAGGCACACCGGAGAACAGCGAUCCGAACAGUCAGGCCACUGAUUCUGUGCCUAAUGGAACUCCCAGCAAUCCAGAGUGCGACGGUUCCAAGAAAGCAUUUAUUAGCAUUGACGCUGAGAAUGCCAAGCAAGAAAAGAGCUCUGUGCUGGAAGUGUUCAAAAAGAUUUCAGUGAUGGCGUUCUGUGUAACGUUCGUGUUUACGGUCACGCUCUCGGUCUUCCCCGCCGUCACAGUAGACGUGAAGACUGCUUACCCGGGAAAAUGGGAAAGGUACUUUAUCCCCGUAUGUUGUUUCCUGCUCUUUAACAUGAUGGACUUGACUGGGAGAUUUGUCACAACUUGGCUGCGAUGGCCCUCUAAAGAGAGUCGGUGGUUUCCAGCACUAGUGAUCUCCCGUGUGAUCUUCAUUCCUCUGCUGAUGCUCUGUAACGUUAAGGGCCGUCGCUUUCUGCCCGUACUUUUCACAAACGACUGGUGGUUUGUCAUCAUCAUGCUGCUCUUUUCCUUGUCCAGCGGUUACUUCAUUUGCCUGUCUAUGACUUACGCACCACAGUUGGUGGCCCCACAAGACGGAGAGACAGCAGGAGCCCUGAUGACGUUCUUUCUAGCUCUGGGGCUUUCUCUGGGAGCAGCUCUGUCUUUCUUGCUGCGGGUCAUUGUGUAGUCUAAUCCACGCACAUCAUGCGAGGUGACCAGGUCCAAAAUUAUCAGGCAACAAAAAUAAUGAUGAUAUUGAUAUGCAGGUUGUGAAAUAGGAAACGUCUGACAACUCGUUUCUGUUUUUUGUUUUCUCAACAAUGAGGUUGGUGGAUGAAGGGAUGUAUAGAAAGGAAGAAUAGGAAUAAACAUCGGUGGAUAGGAGGCCAUGGAUGGAUUGGGAAGGGAAUCGGAAUGGGUCCUAUUCUGAGUCCUAAUAGGAUAGAAAAUGGGAAUUAUGAGGGAUGCAUGGAUGUAAAGAGGGAGGGAAGGAAUAUAAAUGUAUAUGAAUGGGAUUAUCAAUAAAUGGUAGAAAGAAUGGGAUUGAAGGAUGGAUGGUACAGGACAAAAAUGGGAAUCUCCACAGAUGUACUGGGAAAAACAAUGGGAAUUUGCAUGGAUAGACUGAAUUUUAAGGAUUGAUUUAAGAUUUAUUUUUGUUUUAGUUUUUAACUGCAGAAAUAUAUUUUAAAGCUUCUGCAGUCUAUUUAGGGAGAACUGAUACAAUGUACCUCCUGCACCAUGACAAGAAAAAUCCUAUUAUUCAUUUGUUGUCAGCAAACAAAGGGACACCAGCGACUGUUUCUUAAGCAGCGCAUACAAAUAAUAAAUGCUGAUUUUUUUGUUUGUUUUGUUUUAUUAUUAUGCUAAUGGUACUUUUUUAGAAGUGUAAAAAAUAGAUGCUUUUUUAGAUAAGUUUUUAUUAACUUAUAUCCUUUCGUUAUCUUUAACUUAAGUGUUCAAGUUUUACACCUCGUUACAUUUCUGCGCUGAAAAGAGAGAGGAAAAAUGGUACUGUUCUGUUUCACGUAAGAAAAAAGGAAGAGAAACUGAAGUCUUUUUUACUUAUUAGGGAAUGAGGAAUAAGGAAUAAGGAAGUAAAUGAGACCGAGAAAGACGAAAGAAAAUUAUA